CCUAGUUCCAGGAAGUUCCCGCAGCAUCGGUACAGAUAGGCUCGUCGCUUGCUGUCAAACACUGUGUCCUGUCAGAUAUAAACUCAGAUUAAUGGACAAUUAAACGGUUAAACGGGGAAAAACACAGCGUCUCGCAGAACAAUGGGAUGACAUACAUUUAAAAUACGAGGAUUUGUGUUUUAGCGAGUUUAAAGGGCAAAAUAUGGAAGCUAACUAAGUUAGCAAUAUGCUCAUGACAUAUUAACAACACAACAAAAACAACACAGGACUUUCAGUGUUGUUUUUUAGACAUUGGACCGACACAGGACUCAAGAAGGAUGGAGUGGGACAUUUGACAAGAGGCGAGAUGGUUAACAAAUAAAGUUAACGAUCUGACUGCUAUGUAGUUAGUAGUAGUUGUGGAUUUGCUAUAUUUAGUUUGUUUACUAUUGUCCUGUCAGCUGACAUCAGAUUCUACACUGCUGGGGCGUUUUAUUUUCUGUUUUACCCUUUUUGGUUAAGUACAUUAGAGCUCCAGUAUGCAUGACGCAUAUGAACCGGUUCCUAUUCUGGAGAAAUUACCCCUCCAGAUAGACUGUCUGGCGGCCUGGGAUGAUUGGCUCCUUGUCGGGACCAAACCGGGUCAUCUCCUUCAGUACAGGAUCAAGAAAGAUGCAGGUACAAACCGGUUUGAAGUUACAUUAGAGAAAUCCAAUAAGAACUUCUCAAAGAAGAUUCAGCAGCUGUUUGUGGUUUCGCAGUACAAGAUUUUGGUUAGUCUUUUGGAAAAUAACAUCCACGUUCAUGACUUGCUGACGUUCCAGCAGAUAACUGUGCUGUCCAAAGCCCGAGGAGCCACACUGUUUGCCUGUGACCUGCAGAAGUCCAGCUCAGGUGAGGCCAAACUGCGCAUGUGUGUUGCAGUGAAGAGGAAGAUUCAGCUGUAUUACUGGAAGGACAGAGAAUUCCUUGAACUACAGGGAGAUUUUUCCGCUCCAGACAUUCCCAAAUCCAUGGCUUGGUGUGAGAACUCAAUAUGCGUGGGUUUCAAACGAGACUACUAUCUGAUUCGGAUGGAUGGGCGUGGCUCAGUCAAGGAACUGUUCCCCACUGGGAAACAGCUGGAACCGUUGGUGGCCCCAUUGGCUGAUGGGAAGGUGGCAGUGGGCCAGGAUGACCUCACAGUUGUUUUGAACGAAGAAGGUGUCUGCACUCAGAAAUGUGCCCUUAACUGGACGGACAUUCCUGUUGCAAUGGAGCACCAGCCACCCUACAUCAUUGCAGUGUUGCCACGGUAUGUGGAGAUCCGCACGCUCGAACCCAGACUGCUGGUGCAGAGCGUAGAACUGCAGAGACCGCGCUUCAUCACCUCCGCUGGAUCAAAUGUUGUCUAUGUCGCAAGCAAUCAUUUUGUCUGGCGUCUGGUGCCGGUCUCUAUAGCCAGCCAAAUACGGCAGCUUCUACAGGACAAACAGUUUGAACUGGCGCUUCAGCUAGCGAAAAUGAAGGAUGAUUUAGAUGCAGACAAGAGACAACAGAUCCAUCACAUUCAGAACCUGUACGCCUUCAACCUGUUCUGUCAGAAGCGCUUUGACGACUCCAUGCAGGGCUUCGCUAAGUUAGGCACCGAUCCCACCCAUGUGAUUGGAUUGUAUCCAGACCUCCUUCCCUCCGACUACCGCAAACAGCUUCACUACCCAAACCCUCUGCCCACACUGUCUGGAGCCGAGCUGGAGAAAGCCCACCUAGCCCUCAUAGACUACCUGACACAGAAACGCAGUCAUUUGGUGAAGCAGCUGAAUGACUCGGAUCCCUCUACCACCUCGCCUCUCAUGGAGGGAACCCCCACCAUCAAGAGCCGCAAGAAACUCCUUCAGAUCAUCGAUACCACCCUGCUCAAAUGUUACCUCCAUACCAAUGUAGCCUUGGUGUCUCCUCUCCUGCGCCUGGAGAACAACCACUGUCACAUCGAGGAGAGCGAGUACGUGCUGAAGAAAGCUCAUAAAUACAGCGAGCUCAUCAUCCUUUAUGAGAAGAAAGGCCUUCACCAGAAAGCUCUGCAGGUUCUGCUGGAUCAGUCCACUAAAGCCAACUCUCCUUUGAAGGGUCAUGAGAGGACUGUACAGUAUCUCCAGAGGCUGGGUGUGGAGAACCUGGGCAUCAUAUUUGAGUUUUCACCAUGGGUUCUGAAGAUUUGUCCUGAGGACGGACUGAAGAUCUUCACUGAGGACCUGACGGAGGUGGAGACUCUACCCAGGGAUAAGGUGUUGAACUUCCUGAAGGAGGGUUUCAAGGAGCUGGCCAUUCCAUACCUGGAGCACAUCAUAUACAUGUGGGAAGAGACACGGCCCGAGUUCCACAAUGUUCUGAUCCAGCUCUUCCUGGAGAAGGUGCAAGGCCUCAUGAAGUUGUACCUCAACUCACUGCCCGAAGGUGUUUCAGCUGUAGCUGCGGGGAAGGAGGCGGGAGAGCUGGGAGAAUUCAGGAACAAGCUUCUGACAUUUCUGGAAGUUUCCAGCAGCUAUGAGCCAGAGAGACUCAUCAGUGAUUUCCCGUUUGAUGGUCUGCUGGAGGAGAGGGCUCUGCUCUUGGGUCGCAUGGGGAAACACGAGCAGGCUCUCUUCAUCUAUGUUCACAUUCUGAAAGACACCCAUAUGGCUGAAGAGUACUGCCACAGUCACUAUGAUCCAGCAGCAAACGGCAAUAAAGACGUGUAUCUGUCCCUCCUGCGCAUGUAUCUGUCUCCACCGGACGUGCACUUCCUCGGGCCCAUAAAGAUGGAGUUAUGUGAGCCACAAGCCAACCUCCAGGCGGCCCUGAACGUCCUUCAGCUCCACCACAGCAAACUGAACACCACCAAAGCCAUAAACCUGCUGCCAGCCAACACACAGAUCCGCGAGAUCAAGGUGUUCCUGGAGAGUGUGUUGGAGGAGAAGGCUGGAAGGAAGCGCUUCGACCAGGUCCUGAAGAGCCUCCUACAGGCCGAGUUCCUGCGGGUGCAGGAGGAACGUAUCUUUCACCAGCAGGUGAAGUGUGUCAUCACAGAUGAAAAGACCUGCAGAGUGUGUAAGAAGAAGAUCGGAAACAGUGCCUUUGCCAGGUAUCCAAACGGUGUGGUGGUUCACUACUUCUGCUGUAAGGAUCGCAACAUGUGUCCAGCAGAGUAGAGGAAGACCGGGUGGCAGUGGACACACUCCUCAGAUGAACAGCAAACAUCAAGCGUCUGUGAAAACACACCGAAGGAAACGCUCUCUCUCUCUCUCUGUCUCUCUGUCUAUCUCUCACUCUUUACAUCUGUCUGAUGCAAUUCAUCUAAAAACUCUGGACUGUGAGACUUAAAUCAGAUUUAUGAAGUGCAUUACUUUGAAAGCUUUGCCUGAAUGCACAACACAAACUGAGAAAUGCUUAACUUCUCUUUUCCCUCACGUAUGUGUGUGUUCAGCAUCCAGGCUCGCAGGACUGGGCUUGUGCUGCUCUGCUUCACUCAGUUAGCUUGAGAUGAAAUCAGACGCCAGAUAACACCCUUAAUGUAGCCUCUCGUACAGAAAGGUCAGCGCUUGCACACAACACACCUACGGCUACGGGCCGUCCGACGGAAGGAUGAAUGCUUGCAUGGACGUUCAGAGAUCACUUACAGCUAGAAGUCUGCUUUUUUUUUAAGCAAUGCCAAAAAGCUUGGUAUUGUGUCUUAAGUUUUUCUAGUGGUAUGGGGUUUUGGAGAGCUCUAAAAUCAUGGUAGCAUGCCACUUUUUUUUGUUCUGGUUACUCAAGUGGCUUUAAUUUAUUAUUAACACAGUGUCUAAACGUGUCCAGGAAUGUGUCACCUAUGUGUGCUGCAAUCGCGUCGCAAUUCCUAACACAUGUGUCCGACUAACACUGUUUUAAAAUGCUUGUGCUUUCAGUCAACUGUAACCCAUGACCUGGACUGUUGCUCAAACAAAGGCACGCUCACUGACAUUAGACCUUUAUAGCAGGCCUGAAAUGGACGUGAAUGUGUAGAUUGUACAUUGAACCCGAGGUGGAAGAUGAACCUAAUAAACAUGUAUCUUCUCUUAUGA